AUGGUGACGUGGGAUGCAACUAACUCUUCAACAUGCAAACCAUCGAUGUUCUCAGGGAACUCCAGCUCGUGUUAUGUUAUUCCCAACUAUUUUAUCGCCGUCUCUCUCAGCAUCAACCUGGUUCUUGGUCUUCCAGCAAACUGUUACAUCCUAUGGCUGAGUGUGAAGGAGAUGAUUCAAGGACAGUCCACCGAAAUCUUCGUCUUCAAUGCAGCACUUGUUGAGGUCUUCUUCUGUUCCUCCUAUGUUUUUGCCAUAAAGCAGUAUUUCUUUAAUUGUGCUGAUUGUAGGUUUGGCACAUACCUUCCCGCAUUGGUGCUGUUGGUCGGUCGUCCUCUGUUUCAGAGCUGCAUCUGUGUGGAGCGUUACAUAGCGGUUCUCCAUCCUGUGACCUUCCUGAAGUUCAAACCCAUGAAAUACAGGAUUGCCAUUUCCGUCACUGGAUGGAUUCUGACCAUCAGCUCAAGCUUAAUAGUUUCAUUGAACAUCAUUGAACUUCAUAGCUUAGUCUUGCCAGAGCUCCUGUUUUUUUUCAGUAUCAAAGCGUUCAGCUGCUUGAUGGUCCUGAAGGCUCUGAAGCGUCCUGGACCUAGUGAUGACUUUAAGAGGAAAGAUGGAGUGAAUCAAGACAAACUCAAGGCUUUUCGCAUCAUUCGGAUCGUGUGGGCAUCUGCAGUGUUUAUGUAUGGUCCUAUGAUCAUUUCUCUUGUGCUUUAUUACAUUCUGGAUUUAAAGACAUUUCUUUUGUCCUGGUCUGGGGCUUCGUGCUUUGGGCUCAUGUCAGGGUUUGUGCAGCCUUUCCUCUAUCUCAAAAGAGUCGGAAAACUGCCAUUUUGCUAG